AUGACCCAGCAGCUCUCCGCGGUGGCGGUGGCGGCGCUCUGCGUGUCCCUGGCGGUAAUUUUGCAGGAUGGCUGUCAAACAGGAGCAAAAGCAUUUUCAGAAACCAGAGUCCAUCUUCAACCCACUGUAGCAAAACCUUCUCUCUUGCAACCAACUGGCCAGGUGACUCAUGGAACUCCAAUAGCCAGGUCUAAGGAUGGUCACAACACCUCUCGAAUGGCUGCCACAGUAAAAACUCCCACAACUAGCCAAGUAACUACAAAAAACGCCCCAUCCACCAGCCCAAAUGUCCACACCCUGAUCACAACCCAGGCCAUAGCCAACAACUCACACACGGCUGCUCCAGUUAGUGCAGACACCCUUGGCACCAUCUCAGCCUCCCACUCACAGCCACCCAGCAUCACCCCACCAGUCCGUACAACAGGAACCAACCCAUCAGCUGUCAGCUGCACAACUGGGCAAACCACCACUUUAUCUACAGCCUCACACAAAAGCACAACCAGUCAGAAGCCUAUUCAAUCCACCCAUGCCCCAGAGACACCUACAAGGGCACACAAUGCCACCCAGACAGCCUCGCCUGCCCCCACAGCUCCUGGACCCACCCUGGCCCCUAAGCCGUCAGCAGCCAGGAUUGGAACUUAUCAAGUUCUGAAUGGAAGCAAGCUCUGUAUAAAAGCAGAGAUGGGGAUACAACUAAUUGUUCGAGACAAGCAGUCGGUUUUAUCACCUCAGAGAUACUUCAACAUCGAGCCCAACGCAACCCACACCUCCGGGAACUGUGGCUUCCAAAAAUCCAACCUUCUCUUGAAUUUUCAGGGCGGAUUUGUGAAUCUCACAUUUACCAAGGAUGAAAAAUCCUAUUACAUCAACGAAGUGGGGGCCAGUUUGACUGUCUCAAAUCCAGAGAUAAUUUACCGUGGACUGAAGAGCGGGAUGGUGAUGUUUGAGACGGUGCUUGGACAUUCCUUCAGGUGUGUGAGCGAGCAGAGCCUCCAGCUGUCAGCCCAGUUCCAGCUGCAAACGAUGAAUGUCCAACUUCAAGCCUUUGAUUUUGAAGACGACCGCUUUGGAAAUGUGGAUGAGUGCUCGUCUGACUACACAAUCGCGCUUCCGGUGAUUGGGGGCGUCGUGGUUGGUCUCAUCCUUCUGGGCAUGGGUGUCAAUAAAAUCCGCCUGAAGUGUCAAUCAUCUGGAUACCAGAGGAUCUAA